CCGUUGGUUUCUCGUUUACUCGCUGAAUGGACGAAUCGUUGUCUUCAUCGUCUUCGGUCAAGACGGCCGCUCUGGAUUCGGCGCUACAUCUGUUUGGGUUUCAGAUACAAGACUUGUCGCCGACCAAAGUCACCGGUCUCCUCCGUGUGACUCAAAAGUGCUGCCAGCCGUUUAAGGUGUUGCACGGCGGAGUAUCGGCUCUGAUAGCGGAGUCGCUGGCUAGCAUGGGAGCGCACAUUGCCGGCGGUUUCAAAAGAGUGGCGGGGAUCCACCUUAGCAUCAACCACUUAAAGCGCGCUGAACUCGGUGACCUUAUAUUUGUCGAAGCCACCCCCGUUAAUAUCGGCAGGACUAUUCAGGUAUGGGAGGUGCGACUAUUGAAAACCGGGGACUCGAAUCAAAGUUUGGAGAGCAACAACAGAUCGUUGGUAUCGUCGUCGAGAGUUACACUUAUGUGCAACAUGCCGGUGCCGGAGCAUGCAAAGGAUGCUGGACAGAACCUCAAGAAGUAUGCCAAGCUGUGAGUAUUCUAUAUUCAU